UGAUAUCGUGUUUCAGAGGUGAUAGCGAUGGCCGACCCGGCGCGCUCGGACGGAAUCAAGGUCCUCGAGGACGCCCAGCGCAAGCUGGACGAAGCGCUGGCCAAGAUGGACAAGCAAAUCGAAGAGCACGAGCUAUCGUACCUCGAUGACACGGCCCACGGCAACAUCAUCCGCGGCUGGGACGGCUACGCCGACCUCAAGGGCAAGAAGGACAUCCUCCUCAAGAAGGUGCGCCCGUACACGAUCCACGAGAAGCUCUUCUCCAACUCGAGCAUCCCGCCGUUGCCCAAGGUGGCGGUCGUGACCGAGCCCGCGCCAGCGACCGGUGGCGACGAGAAGAAGAAGGCCGAGUCGAAGACGUCCAUCAAGGCCAGCACUGCUGCCAGCAAGAACCUCAAGCUCAAGGUCAAGAAGCGCAAGCUCAAGGACACGAUCGGGUCCGAAGACGACGAGGCCGCGCCGUAGCCGCCCAUGCACGUCUGCUGGCGGAUCUCACUCCUGUUCCUUAUCUAAUCGCAUGGUCAUACAUGUAUGUGUGCUCUACUGGAGCGACCUGUAUGCACAGCACGCUA